AUGCUUGACGCUGUGUCGGAAUAUCAUCGAUUGGAUUAUUGUCAGUCUCGCUAUGACAGCGACAUUGGAGCUACUGAUGAAUAUGACGACAAACUGAACUACAGUGUGCACGAUGCUUUUUUCGAUAGAGCGCGCGUGCAAAAUUACACUGAAGAGGAACUGUGCGAGAGAGGUAAUCCGUCCGUGGACGCUAAAGUAGAAAGCAUGGGCAUUGACGACGCAUUGACACGCUUGCUGGAAGUUCAAAAAGGUAUAACUCGUGUUUCAACAAACACGAAACACGGCAAGAGACUUUAUAGUGGAGCUCCCGUUGACAAUAGCAGCAACCUUCUUCAACAUGCGGUUGAUACAGCAAAAUGA